GUUUCAAUUUGGGUCGGUUUCACAGCGGCGCGUGGCCUUGGAUGCAUGCGACGUCAUGGAGGACCCUACUUGUCCGAGCACAGAUCAGCCUUCAUCAGGCCUCGUCGUCGGGGACAAUCGAAGGAUAACGCCGCCGUCAUCGGCACAUUCCGUGUCACUGUCGUUGGACGAGGACCGUCAACUUGCCAAUGAGCGAAUCAAAGUGCUUGUUCGUGUCCGUCCGUUGUCUGCAUAUGAAAUCGCGUUGGCCUCGUCAGAUUUGGUGUCCACAAGCGCCACGUCCCUCCGGGUGCCGUCGUCAUCGUCUCAAAGCCACGUCGAGUGUGCUUUCGACCACAUCUUCACGGCAGAGUCGACACAGGCGGACGUGUACGCGUCUGUACAGCCCCUGGUGGCGGAUGUGCUGGAAGGCUAUAACGCGACCAUUUUCGCGUACGGGCAGACCGGCACAGGCAAAACGCACACGAUACUGGGCAUGCACGACAACGAGCUGGCCGCCCCAUCGCGGAGCAGCACGCCCGACCUGACACUGUUUGCGCCCUCUUGGGGGAUAAUUCCCCGCGCCCUGAUUCAGUUGGUGGACUCCACUGUGUCCAACCGUGACUGCACCAUUUCGUGUGCGUACUUACAGAUUUACAACGAGAAGAUCUUCGACUUGCUCACAGAUAAGAAACGGCAAAAGCCGCUAAUGCUAAGGGAAGCGUUGGACGGUACCACUGAUAUGGUCGUGCAAGGGCUAUCAACGUAUCCUAUCACGUCGUUGCCAGACGUGAUGGCAUUCCUAAAACGAGGGCGCCUUCACCGAGUCGUGCGAGAAACCGACAUGAAUACCCAGAGCAGUCGGUCGCAUGCGAUUCUGCAGGUCACUCUCAAGAGCCAGUCCAAGGACGGGUGCCGUCGCGCCAAGCUGAACCUUGUCGACUUGGCCGGGAGUGAAAAAUGGAACAAGCAAGCCGUGAAACCUGGCGUGGAAAUCGAAGAGAUGAAGAACAUCAACACGAGUUUGUCGGCGCUGGGCAAUUGUAUUGCCGCGCUCACCCAAUCUGGUCGCAAGCACAUUCCGUAUCGAGAUUCGUCCUUGACGCGCCUAUUGCAAGACUCGUUGGGCGGCAACACUCGCACCGUGCUGAUCGCGACCAUUACCCCCCGAGCGUCGGACGAAACGCUGCGAACGAUUCAGUUUGCUGAUCGCACGCGGGCUGUGAUGCAAUGUGUCGUUCAAAGUCAAAACACUCCAGUCUCUCCGAGGCAGCUGCACCUAGGACUUACGGCGGCCCGGGCACACAUUGCAAAGUUGAAGCAAAAAUUGCACGAAUUGGCUGAACAAAAGGAGAAACAAGCCGACGCCGUGGACAAAGUACACAAAUACGAGACCCAAAUGCGGGAAAAAGAACUCGCCAUCGAGCGGUUGCACGUCCAAAAUGGAUUGUACCAGCAGCAACUGCGAGAUGGCGAGCGGCAAAUUCAAAUGCUGAUGAGUCAAGUCCAAGCGUUGUCGACGCCGCCCAAAGCACGCUACGUGGAAGCUCCCCCCACAACGUUGUCAGCUAACCCUACGACGUCCAAUCAAAUUAGCCACCUGGAAUCGACUACCCCCUCGUCAUAUCAUUAUAGACCCCCCUUGCAACCAACGGCAACCUUCGAUGACAGAGUCAAAAGUAGUGACUUGUACAAGGCAAAGUAUGGCGCAAUGCUACCGAGCCAAAGCCCCCAAACGCAUCCUGACAAGAUGCAUAACACAUCUUUGUCAGGGUACCUGGCACCGAUGCCCCCUGCAUUUUCCAGACCACCACAACAAUCUUCAACUGUGAUCCUUCCCACCGUGAAUGUGACGCCAUCCCCUAACGCCAUAUGCUCGCAACAUCAACUCAAGAACUGCGUACUGUGCGCGCUGCGGCUGAAAAUGAGCGUGCCAGUGCCUUCGACUUUGUAUUCGCACCCCAAAGCUCGCCCCAGUCCACGCGCUUCGAUGCCCGCACUGACAAACCCACCGUCAUAUCCAGCGACAGCAGCUGCAUCUGAAGCAGGCUUCUGCACUACACACCAUCUCAAUCGAUGUGUACUGUGCAAUCGCAUUCCUGCCAAGCAGCAACCGGCAGUGAACUAUCCACCCAUGGAAAUGUCCCUGAAUUCUACCGCCGAUGGCAGCAAUAUCUGUACUCCACAUGGACUCAACAACUGCGUGCUAUGUGUGCACUUACAACCCCAGCGCUCCUUGUCGUUCCUGAACUCAAUCCCCGCAAGUAGUGCCACCAUAGCACGAAUGCGACCGCCGGUGGAUGUCCAACGAUGACGAAUUCUGCACCUUCCCGCGAACUUGUAAUGAAGUCAACUGUUGACUUAACGUUAGUUAUCGUCACUAGGCCUUUAUAUGCCACCCCACGUUGAAUGCAUGUCAUAAACUGGGUCAGCGCACGGCGCACAGGUAGACGCAUGUGCUCUUUAAGCCCAAAAUGGCGCAUGAUGUCGUACACGGUGCCACGAUGGAUGUUCCAUUCGUGUUCUGGGGGCGAUCCGAGGGUGUCGACAAAAUGUACUAUCCAAGCGACUCGAUGCCAACAGUAGGUUUGUGGCUUGGUCGCUCAAUGUCGUGGAUUUUAUCACGUAGGGUACUUGUUGCAGGGGUUGCUUCCUCGGUUGGGUUGAUUGGUGUUGACGGGGCUGGUUGCGGUAUGG